AUGACAGUUCUGCCGACGACCCUGAAGUCAUUACCGGCGCCAUCAGCCCCGUGCUCGCCUCAACAAGAAACCAAAUUGCAAGAAGAUACACCCAAACGACGAUCCUCGAAGUUGUUUCUUGUUGAAAGCUUAUUGCCAUCGAUUGCUGAGAAAAAACCCAAUCCACCAUCGCCGAUGACAGUGAAUGCCGUGGAAUGGAUAAAUGGCGGAUAUGGUGUCAAGAAUCCGAUCCUUCAAUGUAGUCGGUUACCGGACGUAGACACAACGCCUGCUCCCGCUUCCGAACCCGGCCUACUAACUUGCAGGAUAUGCGGCAAGAAAUUCGCGCUACAGAGGCUUUUGAACAGGCACGCAAAGUGCCAUUCAGAAAUAAAACGAUAUUUGUGCACAUUUUGCGGUAAAGGCUUCAACGAUACAUUCGACCUGAAGAGACACACUCGAACUCAUACAGGUGUGAGGCCAUACAAAUGUGAUCAGUGCGAGAAAUCAUUUACGCAACGAUGUUCAUUGGAAUCACACCUGCGUAAAGUACACGGAACGCAGCAUAAUUACGGUUACAAGGAACGGAGAAGCAAGGUAUUUGUCUGUGAAGACUGUGGUUUCACGGCGCCUGUAUUCGACGAAUACGUACAACAUCUGCAGCUCAAUCAUCCGUUCAGUCCACAGCUACUCAAGCUAACAUCUACCGGUGUAAUGUCCAAGUAUCACAGGCUGGCCAACGGUCAUUCAUCUGCCCCGUGCGCAGCCAAAAAUCUACUCGGAUAA